AUGUCUCCUGCAUUGAUUCGUACCAGCCUGUCGCCUGAGCCCGAACAACACACAAUCAAGCGUCGAAAGCUAUCCUUGGACUUCACUUCCUCCAACACUGCCACCAACAUGUCGACAAACUCUCGCGUCUUGGAGCUUACCGAAGUUGAGGAGAACUUACGCACUUUGCUUCUUGAUGUUGCACAAUAUAUCGACAACUCUCCUGGACAUGCUUCGGAAAGUCAAGUGCCCCUACCUGAUGAGUUGGCAAACCAACCUCUUGUCCUAAGAUGGACUGGUGGUUGGGUUCGUGAUAAAUUGCUCGGCGUCGAGAGUCAUGACAUCGAUGUAGCCAUCAACAAAAUGACUGGUUUCCAAUUUGGUCUGAGACUGAAGGAGUAUCUCGAAAUUCCUGGAAAUCCAGAAAAGUAUGGCUUGGAAGGUGUCGCCAGUAACGAGUCUCAGUCCAAGAAGGCUGAAUCUGGAAAGAGCAAAAUUGUCGGUGGUCUGCACAAGAUCGAGGCAAACCCAGAAAAGUCGAAGCAUUUGGAGACUGUCACAACAAAAAUCUUGGGCCUCGAUAUCGAUCUCGUCAACCUGCGCAAGGAGACCUACAGCGAUGACAGCAGAAAUCCUCAGAUGGAGUUUGGCACACCAGAAGAGGAUGCCCUGAGACGUGACGCCACUGUCAAUGCCAUGUUCUACAACAUCACCACCCGUGAGAUUGAAGAUUUUACUGCUAAAGGUCAUACCGACAUGGCCAACAAGAUCAUUCGUACUCCCCUCGAGCCGUACCAGACCUUCAAGGAUGACCCUCUGCGCGUCCUGAGGUUGAUCAGAUUUGCCAGCAGAUUGAAUUACACAAUCGAAGCCGAAGCUUGCAAGUGGAUGAAGGAUGCUGAGAUUAAGAGUGCCUUGCAAGCAAAGAUCAGCCGCGAAAGAGUCGGUGUCGAACUUGAGAAGAUGCUCAGAGGCCCCGAUCCCCUCAUGGCUUUGAACCUGAUUGAUCAACUCACUCUCUACUCUACUAUCUUUUCCGACCCUGCUCAAGAUCAAACUAAGGUCUUUACGCCAGAUGUUGAUAAUUGGAGCUUUGUCGUCAACUUUGUUCAAGAGAUCCUGGCUUCUAAGAGCAGCGAUAUUCUCGUCCGCGACGCCGAAGAGAGAUAUUUGAUCUGGCUGUUGUCCGCGAUCGUACCCUACAAAGACGCUCCAUCACCCCCAGCCAUCGAAGGCAAGAAGCCACCACCACCUGUUGCCACUACUGUUGCACGCGAGGGGAUUAAAGCCACAAAUAAUGUAUGCAAUGUCAUUACCAGCUCGAUCAAGAACCACUCUGAGGUUUCUAUGAUGGUCAGCGACUCGAAUGGACGCAAGCGUCCAGCACGCGAAGACCUGGGAAUGGCGAUUCGUCGUUGGGGUUCUACAUGGAGAUCACAGACAGCCUUCGCACUGCUGGUCAACGUCGCUGAUGAUCCCUCGGCAGCCAAAUGUGAGUCUCCAUCUGUGCGUUUAUCUGCCCACCUGUCUGCUUUCACGAACUUCCUCGAGUACGUCCAGGAACUGGAUCUUCUUGACGCAUACGCUCUCAAGCCUAUUCUUGACGGCAAAGCCUUGACGAAAGCUCUCGGUGUUCCUACUGGUCCAUGGAUGAAAGAUGCCCUUGAUGUAGUGAUGCGCUGGCAGUUACGCAACCCUGGCAAGAAGGAUACUGCCGAAGCCAUCGAAGAAGUCCGCGUUGCAAAAGACCAAUCUCCAACUCCUGGUGAGCUCACAUCAGAUCUCAUGACAUUUUUUCUCCAGCUUACCAUCCGCCCGCUGUUUGCAAAGACACAAACGCAGCAGUUCGAGCGAAACCAAGAUGAAAAGACAUGGAAGGGAAGAGAUAGUUAUGCGCUAGACUUGCUUCGCUGGGUUAUUGUCGCUGCAGACACUGGACUGGUCGAGAAGAAUUGGCACGCGAUAGUGCCGCCGUUACUCAGCAUGCUCGACGAUAUCGACACGGAAUACAAGGCCCAAGGUUGCGAACUGCUCAAACUCUUGCUGGACAAGACACCGCCUACACUUCUGAAGCGCACUGGUUUGGGUGAUGUGUUUGAGGAAGCCUUGAUGCCGUGUCUAGGCUACCUGCCUACCUUAACACCCGAAGACGAGAGUGCUCGACUGCUUGCUGUCGCCUACCCAGCCUUGAUCUCACUCUCCAAUGCCUUCGAGGACCCUUCAAUUACUUCAAUCUCACAAACUCAAUCUCAGCGCCUGAAGUUGCUAGACAAUCUAAUUCGCAAAGGCGUCUUGAUGACCUUUACCUAUUGCCCUGAACACGCCAAAAUCACCACCGUCACCACUACAAACUUGACCGCUAUUAUGACCUCAUUGGGUCUAGACUCUGUCAAACAUCUUCCUUUCAUCUUGCCCAUGCUCUCUUCUAUCCUUACCCAUCCUUUUGUUACUGCAUCACCCCCUUUAUUGCUGUCGUCCGUUCUAGCAUUGCAAGCCAUCAUUCUCAACACAUGGCCUAGGAUGCUUGUUCAUAAGCAUGAGGUGCUGAAAUGUGUUACAGUGCCAUGGAUUAGGAUGCGAGAGGAAGGCGUUGCUGGAAAUGAGUUUGAGCGGAUCAGAGAGGAGUGCAGGAAUGUGGUGCAGAUGCUUAGAGAUGCUUUACAAGAACAUGUUGAUGAGUUUGAUCGAGAGGUUGCGGAACUGGUGAAGGUGGACAGGAGAUUAGAUGGGUUGUUUGUCGCUGUGGAGGGUUGA